AUGGGGACUUCUAUUUUAUUUGCAAUCAUGACUGAGAAAGGAGCAUUUUGCAUGCUAAUGCUCUUCCUGCUCAGCGGCACUGGAGGAAAAUGUGAGCUCCAGGAGUCAAAACCUACAGUGGCAGCCAACUUUCCUGGUGUUAAACCUAUACACAAUGAACCCCAGGCCUUCCCUGAUGAGAAGAGGGGCAAUUUGCCUGUGUUUACUAUGGACUAUCCUCGGAUCCAGGUCCCUUUCGAGUUCACUUUGUGGGUCCUGCUUGCUUCUUUUGCCAAAAUCGGUUUCCAUAUUUACCACAAAAUCACAAUCUGGAUCCCAGAGUCCUGCCUCCUCAUCACUAUUGGCCUCAUUGUGGGCGCCAUCAUGCAUGCAGUAAAAGAGGAGCCACCUGCUGUCCUAAGAUCCACUGUUUUCUUCCUCUACAUGCUUCCACCAAUCGUCCUGGACAACGGCUACUUCAUGCCGACAAGGCCGUUCUUUGAGAACUGUGGUACGGUGCUGUGGUACGCUGUGGUGGGAACCCUGUGGAACAGCAUCGGCAUUGGGAUUUCCCUCUACAUCAUAUGCCAGUUCGAGGUGUUCGGAAUUACAGAUAUGGACCUACAGGAGAACUUGCUGUUUGCCUCCAUCAUCUCUGCUGUGGACCCCGUGGCUGCUCUGAAUGUGUUUGAGGACAUUGGAGUCAAUGAGCAGAUUUAUAUUGUCAUAUUUGGGGAGGGACUGUUCAACGAUGCUGUCACUGUGGUACUUUACAACAUGUUCUCCUUCCUGGUGGAAAUGGAUGGAGUCGAAUCCCUAGAUGUGGUCUUGGGAGUGGCCCGGUUCAUUGUGGUUGCAGCAGGAGGCAUCUUCUUCGGCCUUCUUUUUGGAUUCACGGCUGCGUUCACCACGCGAUUCACCCACAACGUCCGCCAUAUUGAGCCCCUCUUUGUCUUCAUGUACAGCUACCUGGCAUACCUGAUUGCAGAGUGUUUUUCCAUCUCCAGCGUCAUGGCUAUUAUAGUAUGUGCAAUAACCAUGAAGUACUACGUGGAGGAGAAUGUGUCUCAGAGAUCCUGCACCACCAUCCGCCAUGUUAUCAAGAUGCUGUCCACCAUCUCUGAGACCCUCAUCUUCUUUUUCCUGGGUGUCGUAACCGUAACAACAGAACACGAGUGGAACUGGGCCUACAUCCUGUUUACGCUGCUGUUUGCCUUUGUCUGGAGAGUACUUGGCAUCUUGGUGCUGACCCAGAUCAUUAAUCCAUUCCGCACCAUACAAUUUACUUACAAGGACCAGUUUGGGCUCUCCUAUGGAGGCCUGCGAGGGGCAAUCUGCUUCGCUCUGGCCUUCACUUUACCAGAAACCAUCAAAAGAAGGACUCUGUUUGUCACGGCUUCUAUUGCUAUUAUUAUAUUCACUGUUUUCAUACAGGGCAUCAGUAUCCGUCCAAUUCUUGAAUAUCUAAACAUUCGGAGAACGAACAAAGAUCUGAACAACAUCAACGUGGAGAUUCACACCAGGACGAUGGAGCACAUCAUCUGUGGCAUCGAGGACUUGUGUGGACAGUGGAGUCGCUUUUACUGGAAAGACAAGUUUAAGAGGUUCAAUGACCGUGUUUUGAGGCGCAUCCUGCUCCGAGAUAACAGAGCAGAGUCCAGCAUUGUGUCCCUGUAUAAGAAACUGGAGCUGCAGAGUGCCAUUGACUUGUUAGACACACCUAUGGGUGACCUCAGCGCAGCACCAUCUAUUGUUUCUCUGCAUGAUGAGAGGAAGGAGGCGUCUCGACCCAAGAAGAAGUUCAAGGCGUCUGACAUCAGGAAAAUGCACGACAUCCUGUCGAAGAACAUGUACAAGAUCAGAGAGAGGACAUUGGCUUACACCAACAAGUACAAUCUGCCUGAUGACAGCCGCACUAGGGAGAUUCUGAUUCGCCGACAUGCAAGCAUCAGACGCAGCCUACGAGCUGCAAGUUUCCGCGAGCAGCCUGAUCAAAGCAUCCCCAGAUCUCAAAAGUACUACUCGCUCCAACCUGGAGGGGAUCUGGAGGCUGCCUUUGUCCUCAGAAGAAGAAGUCAUGGUGGUAGUGGUGAUGUGGAACGUCUUUCAGAAAAUCUGCAGCCCCCUGGUGUUUUUCCACGCUCCUCAUCACGCUCUUUAAACCCUAUGAGGCCACUGAACACUAUCAUGGAGAACAGAACCACAGCACAGUCACCCUCAUUCCCUGGUGUAGAUUUUCAGGAUGCAAGGGGCCCUAGAAGUCUGGGAGGAUCUAGUCUUAGAGGCAAGAAACCACUGAUUCCUGCACCUAGGAGGCGCAGUUCUGAUGAGUUAGAUCGACAAGAAGACUGUGAAGAAACAGGAGAAGGAGAGGGACAGGUGCAACCACCCCCGCUACCACCACCACAUAUUUGGGUACCUGACAACCAGGAUCCUAGAGACAAUGGGGUAGGAAACCCCUUACUCAGAAACUCUUCACAGGGGCCUCGAGGUUCAAGCAGAUUUUGA